AUGAGAGUAUCAACAUUUGAUUCAGAUGAGGCUGUCUCACAUCAAAGCAAAAAAAUAUAUAGAAAUAUAAAAAAAAAGAAGAAGAGAUCACUGGAAAUCACUGAAGACUAUGAUGAGCAGCAGGCCUCUAAGCAAGUGGUCACAUUUCCCUGUUCCAUAUGCAAGCAUGAAAUUGACCUACCCAGUUUUUUCUUCCAUAAAAAGCAACAUAAAGCUCUGACAUCACUGGGUUUUCACUGGAUGGGUGGGAAGAAACCAGAACAAUCAGAAAUUGUUGCUCAGAGACAGUUUUUAAUUACCAAACUAUUGUCAUCUUUUAUAUUCAGUGAAAAAGUCCUACAGAGCAUUAAUAAUGCUUUUGAGCUGAUUUGGAAGAAACACUUACCAGCAUACUAUAAGAUUAUUGAUAAUAUUGACAGGAGUUCUAUAUACUCUCAAAAAAUACGCCAUCUCUUGAUUAAAGGAGUAGCCAUUUGUGAAGACAGAAAUUCUAUGUGGAGAACUACCAUGGAUGAUAAAUUCACUAUUGUGAAUAAUUUUGGCAAUAAACCCAAUGUGUGCUUUUUUGGUUUGUUUGAUGGGCAUUAUGGUGCUUCAGCAGCCAACUUGGCAUCAAUGGAACUCCCAAUUUUACUUCUCCAUCAAAUUUCCAGAUUUGAUCCCUCCUACCAAAUGACCCCUGAAGAGCAAAAUGUAAUAAAUUCUUUUCACACUGUAUUUAAGGAAGAAUACAGAAAAAUAGAAGACCACUUUUCUUUCACACCUCAAACAACAAAAACAUUGCACUGUGAGUUUGAUGGCAUACACAAAGCCUUUGCAAAGGCAUUUUGGAGAAUGGAUAGGCUUUUACGUCUUGGAAGGAAAGAAGUGUCCAGAGUUCGAUGGAGUGGCUGUUCUGCAGUUACUUGUAUAUUGGAAGGCAACAUUAAAAAUGUCCAUGCUAAUAAUGAUGAGAGAAGAAAACAUGAUCAUGGUGGUCUGACAGACAGUUCUUCUUUCACAAAUAUAGCACAAAUAGUUUCUGGAGUAUUACAUGUUGCAAACACUGGUAAUGUGCAUGCAGUCUUAUGCAGAAAUGGGAAAGGUUUUUGCCUAACCAAAGAACAUACCAUGCAAAAUGUAAUGGAAAGAAGAAGAGUACUUCAAAACGGAGCAAUAAUUGAUGCAAAUGAACCAAAUGGGCUCCUGGAAGGGCAAACAAAAACCACACGAGGACUUGGAUUUCACGGAAAUCUCAAAUUGAAAAAAUUUAUGAUUCCAGCACCUCAAACUAUCUCAGUCCCUAUAGAUGACUUAUGUCAAUUUCUUAUCCUAGCUACUAAUGGACUCUGGGAAGUUCUAGAUAAAAAGGAAGUCACUGCAUUGGCAAUGACAAUAUUUCACAUGUAUACGGAAAAACACUCUUCUAUCACACAAAAUAACUCUUCACCAGGCAAACUCAGUGAACCAAGUAUUAUGAAAUCAGAAAGUAGUAUCCACAUAUUGUAUCAGGAUAAUUCUUUAUCUAAAGAAUGUAUGUUAGCUACAAAAACAAAAGAAAAUGUAUGUGAUUCAAAAUCUUCUAAACAUUCUACCCUCAACCUUGAAAAUUCAGAAAAAUUUCCACCAAAUAUGACUAAUCAUGCACCUUACAGCGGGGAAAAAACGAAUGGUCCAGGCAGUGUAGAUGGUGUGCCAACAGAUCCAAAUGAGAAGGAAAAAGAACCACACACUGAACAUUUCUAUGAAGGUGCAGCAAAGUACGUUAGCCAUGAACUUGUAAAUGCUGCUUUAGCAGCUGGCUCCAGAGAUAACAUUACCGUCAUGGUAGUACUUCUCAAUGGAAGUGAUUAUCACUUUCUGAUAUAA